AGCAAGGAGGGGUAAUGCGUCUUUGGGGAGAGCCUCUCCAGACUCGAGAGGGAGGUUGGCUCAGAAAAGAAAAACGGAGUUGAGAGAAAUGAAAUGGUGAGAGGAAGCAUUAAACUUCUCAAGGAUGCUGGGUCUGGACUCAGCAAGACCCUCUCUGAGAUCCUCGUCUGCCCGCUUUCCAAACAACCUCUAAGGUUUUGUGAGGAAAUGAAUUCCCUUGUCAGUGAUUCAAUUGGUGUCUCCUUUCCUAUAAAGGAUGGGAUUCCAUGCUUAGUACCAACAGACGGCAAGGCCCUUGACCUUGAGGCCGAUGAAACAAUAAAACCCGAAGAUGCUGUGACAUCAUCAGCCGAACACGAGGCAAAUCGAGGAGUCCGUCACUAGGUUGAAUUUUGAGACUUGUGGUAUUGUCACAAAGUUUUACCAGCUAGGUGUGGGAAUUAAGACUAAGAAGACUUGUAUUCGUUUCUGAGAGACAUAUAAGGUUGCUAUGGUAGCUGGUUAUCUUCUGUCACACCCCACCCACAUCUCGCUUGCUUCAGCUUCACUCUCCCGAGUCCCGGCCCUUGCGGUUAUGAAAAUGUCUACUUUACUUCAUCAGAGUCUCUCCUAGCUCUAUUAUGCUUGUGUCAGACAAAGCACAUCAUGUUUUAAGCUGUUGGAUGAAAAUCCAAUGAUUUUAUGAUAGACUUAAAACCUAAAUCUGC